CCACAGAGUGAGGCGGCCAGACAAGAUAUGAAACUGGUUUCUUUUGUGCAUUAUAAAUAGAGAAAUGUAACAUAGAGAAAGGUUUCUGAGAGACCAAAUUUUACUUUUACUAUUAUUUUUUAUUUAAAAGAGAUUACCGUAGUUUGUUUUUUCACUUCAUAAAAGUAGUUUUUUAAAAUAAGAAUACUUAGUCUGUGCUAAAAGUGAGGCAGUUUACUUGAAGUUUACUUGUAUAUGCUAUUGUAAACUUAAAAUGUUUAAAUUUACUCAUAAGCAUUCAGUUAGCAUACUUCCUAUGUUCUACAGUAGACUUGCUAUACUAAUAUUCAAGUAUGCUAAAAACAAACAAACAAACAAAAAAAACUUCAAGUGUACAAUUUUUUUUGCUAAGGGUUAACAGUAGUUUCAGUGACUAUUGUUCUUUAUACAUUUUUUAGAAAGAUGGAGAGUAUUUAUCCCUUCAGCUUAGUAUACAUCUACUUAACAAUGGUGAAAAGUUAUUUCAUUUUUUUUUGUUUUAAUUCUAUUCAUGGGUGUAGGACUGGUUUGUGCUUCUCAGGGCAUGCAAUGAGCUUAAUCCAGUGUGGGUCCUUAGGUAAGACCCUUAAUGCUGCUGCCUAAACUAUGCCUGGGUGAUUGGAAAUACAGGAUUGUGUCAGGAAGGGCAUCCAGCGUAAAACUCUCCACCAAGCCACCUGUGCAAAUCAGGGAAAGCUGAUUCAACUUAUCCUGAAAGGAUGAGUUGAAAGCCAUCAAAUCAGACUAGAAGUCAAUCUGGAGCAUCUUACCCGACUCUGUAAUUAACUGAGGCAAGGACUUUGAUGUGGCACCACAUAAAAACCUUACGGCACUCUCAGAGGCAAACAAGGCAAAGGACUGUGGGCACAAGUUAGCAAUGAAGAUCGUUGUCUUUUGUCUCCUGCUGCUUCCUCUUGCAGCCGAGGUGGAAAACGCUCCAGUCCGAGCUCAAAGACAAAAUGUGGUCAACUUUUUAAAAGGGGCAUUUGGCUCAACCACAGAGAAGACCACUACAGCAAAACUCCCUGCUUACAGAAACCCACACCACAGUCAAGUUGAAGAGCAGGAUUCAGAAGAAAAAUUCAAGGAUAGCGAUGAAAUCCUGAUUCAUGGAGGUGCUGCAGAACAGGCGGUUCCAUGGAGGAGACCAGAGGGACAAAACCUGAAACUAACGGACACCAGCAGCAGACUGAUUGAAGACCACGACGGUCAGAAGCAAAGCGGACAUCAAGGACAACUACAAGCAAGAGAAGAGCAGAGCGACCUCAGUAGUGAGGAGAAAAUGACAGUGGAAGCUCACAGAGAGAGACCGCCAGCAAAUACAAGAAAUAACCGGAUGCGUGGCAGACCGGCUGCAGACCAAAGUCAGGAGAGGCUAGACCUGGACAGCUUUGAGAACAAUCGGGAUACAGUGGCAGCUGGAGACAACAGUCGACAUGCAAACUGUGAUGAAACUGGAGAAUGCUUCAGUGCUGAAACGCACGCUGCCUCUGGACCCAACCGCCCCCCAGCUAAUCCAGCCACCAGCUAAGCAGCCUGAUGUUGGAGGUCUUUUUCCCCUCACGAUGAGUCAAGAUCCAUCAUCUGUUGACUCAUCAGGCGCAGACAGGCUGCUUCCUAAUACAGACACUCUGGAAUUUUGUUUUUCCUUAAUCCACAUUUAGAGAUUUCUUUUUAAUGUUAGCCAAUAAAAGGAACUAAAACAUGAAA